AUGGCUUCGGAGAAAACACAGUUACUGCUGCCAUCUGGGAAGCAUGAUACGCCUGCUCCUGACAUCGGAUUUGCACCUGCAGAUGAGUAAGUUCAUGUUUCCUCUUUUCAAUUAUAAAUUUGUACUGGACUGACCACAACCUCGCAAGCCAGGGUCUUUUCUUCCUCACGGCGCUGCUGUAGCGCCGUGCGGAAGUAAAGACCCUGGUUUGCGAGGUUGGACUGAGCACUGUGUCGCUUAUUUCAACUGGGGUCCGACAUGAUCAGUACAAAUUCAUUGUAGGUCGCAACGUCUUCUAACAACCAAAUUUUUUUUUAAUUUCUUGCAGAAAACAUGAGAAAAUUUCCAUGGUGCCAUUUAAACAAUUGGUAUGUUGUUAUCUUGGUUGCAUUUCCAUAACGUCUUACCACUGUCAUCUUUAAGUUUAAUACUGUACCAUUCAUGUCAGUGAUAUCAUCAUCAUGGAGUGACGUUAUCACAUAAUGACGUCAUAAUCUUCGAGUGACGUCAUUGCCACCAUUGUAAAGUGAUGGCAUCACCAUUAUCAUAGGUGUCAUCAUCAACACAAUUAUAAAGUGACGUUAUCAAUUCGUUAUAUUGAUAUUACCAUCAUAAUUAUAACGUCAUCACAAUUAUCAUGAAAAAGGUCAUCUUCAUAAUGUGACCUUGUCACUCUUGUUACAGAAUGACGUCAUCCUCAUUCUCAUAAAAUGUCGUCAUCAGUACAAUCAUGACAUGACGUAUUUACGAUCAACAUAAAGUGACGUCAUCAACGUCAUAAUCGAGUGACGUCAUCAGCUUCGUCAGACAUGACGUUAUCCCAUUAUAAAAUGACGUGAAAGCCCGUGACAUUAUCUAACUGGCUAACGUCUCAAUCACAUCAUAGAGCCUAUAUUAUAUUAUGCACACCAACGUAUCUUACAAUCACAUCCCACUUUUGUUUCCUUACAGUUCUGUUUCCGCGACAACGUUGAUGUUAUCCUCAUGAUCUUGGGAACAUUUGGAUCUAUAGCUUAUGGUGUUCUAACUCCCACACAAUUUAUCCUCAUGGGAUCGGUCACAGAUGAUUUUGUAGAUUUUGUCCAGUGUCUACGAACGAACUGCACAAAUCCAGUUGAUCUCGAGGACAGCAUGACAUCCGUAUGCUUGUGGUACGUUGCGUUUGCCUUUCUGAAUCUCUUGUUUGCCUGGAUGGGACUAGGACUUUGGGGCCUGACCGCUGAGAGACAAGUCCACAAAAUGAGACUAGCAAUGUUCAGAAAUAUCAUCCAUCAGGAGAUUGCUUGGUUUGAUACUCAUCCAAGUGGCGAGCUGGGAACUAGACUUACAGAGUAUGUAUUAUAGUACAGAGGCCUGUUGGAUCUUAGGAGGAUUUCUAUCAGUUCUAAACUGGAUCUUCGGUGGCGCAUUCGUCUGAGCAAGUGCCUUUCACCUUGUGGGUUCGAUCCUCAUAUCGGACUAAUAACACUUAUGUGAAAAGAGUCCGUCAACGCUCUACCGAAAGUCGUGGGUUUUCUCUGGGUACUCCGGUUUCCUUCCACAGGGAAUGUUGACAGGGUGGGUUGGGAUUAUCCCCCUAACUGACCCUUCCAUCGUAGCUGUUCUCCGUGAUCAGACAUGAGUCAUAAGGUGACUGCCAGAGGCGCCCUUAGAAAGCCUUCGACUCGAUCAGGUUAAGGUUACAGAACACCUUUGAGUGUUAAUUUUGCCUAAAAUCUUUUUAUUGGUUUCCAUGAAAGCAUCAGACUAGUUAGUUCUACUAUCUGACCAAGUUUGAACGAAAAAUGUUGAAAACUCGCAGAGUUAUUUAAUAAAAUACAUUUCGCUGCAAUAAGAAAAACAUUGAAAAUGUAAUAUUCAAAUUCAAUUUUCUCCCGAAAAAGUUUACGGUAAUUACUGAUUUUCAAACGAGUUGUGCUCCUGCGGGUUUUAACCAAUUUUUCUCAAAUUUUCACAGGACAUAGCUAAAGACGUCAGUUUCAAAAUUGUGUUCGGCUUUUUUUUAAUUUUGGAUAUUUUAAAAAUAAAGAGCAAUUCACUCAAACAAUUCAGAAAUAUAUUGCAGUCGUCAAAGAAAUCGCCAUAUCAGCGGAAUGACGAAAUAAACAAAAAUUUCCGAACACAAUUUUUUAGAACAACUAUUUUACUGUAUAAAAAUGAUAUUUUCGUAAAUAUAACUUAAAACCAGCAGGAGCAUAACUCAAAAGCGUAACGGUACCGCGAUUUAAGAUUUUCCUGAAUAAUUCUUACAUUAUUUUAUUGUUUAUUAAUUUUACAACUUUACCAUAUUUUGCAUGCACUGGAGAACAUUUGGUAAAAAUUUGAUGAAAAUGGGACUGAUAUUGAGCGCGCAGUAGCGAUUUUCCUCAAAACGCAAAAAAAGGUGUCCUGUAACCUUAAAUUAAGCUGCGUCCUUCGCAAUUCAGCUCUCAACUGCAACAUAGAUUGGGAAAUGAAUAGAUGACUCACUCCUUUGAUGUUUUUGACGCUGCCGGCACCCACGCAUGUUCUUGCCAGAGUAAUGGCGGCCCAGCAAGAACUAUAAUAAAAUGUAUUGUGAAAUUUACAUCGGUGCUACUAAAUCCUGUAUUUUUAUAAUUCUGAUUUAUUUUUCCAUUCAAACCCCCGAAAGUGGAAAAAUACAGGAUUUAGUAGCACGGAUGUCAAUUUCACAAUACAUUUUAUUAUAGUUCUUGCUAGGCCACCAUUACUCUGGCAAGAACAUGGGUGGGUGCCGGCGGCGUCAAAAACAUCAAAGGAGUGAGCCAUCUAUUCAUUUCCUAAUCUACGACUGCAAGUUAUAAGGAUUAUUAGCACACCCCAAAUACUUACUAUAUAAACUGUGGUAUCCUGAUAUAUGGUCAUCAAUAAAGGUCAUCUCCCUGUUUAUCCAGUUUAGUAUAGAAAGAAGCCUAAACUGAACUACAGUGGUUAAUACGGUCAAGCUCUUGGCGUUUUUCAGGGACAAAAAUAAAUGGCCGCAAUAAAGAGGGGUAUCAACGAGGUGGCCGUAAGGUGGAGUUUCACUGUAACUUCCUAUAUAUUACCUGGAAAAUAUAUCAGUUCUUCUCAGAUGUCCACAUCUAGGGUUCUGUAGAAGCAAACUGUGCGGUGUACCCAGGGGAAUCCUUCGGUGUAGAAAGCACUCUUCAUACAUGCAACUGAGGCAAAAUGAUAAGCAUAUACACGCGUAAAAACCUCACAUCUUGUUGCAAGUCUGCCACCAAACCGUCAACAAGUUGUGUUCGCACUGCUUGUCCUAAGUUGUCAACAAGUUUGGAACAAUCUGUGAACAGCUUGUAACAACCUUGUUGAUAUUAUCAGACUUGUUGCAAGGUUGUUCCAACAGGCCCGAUACAGUCAUGAUAUAACAAUAUUGUUACAACCGUGUGUCGCCGACCUUGUAACAUUCUUGUUACAUCAUGACUGUCUCAAACGUGUUACAACAACCUUGUGACAAGUCUGAUAAUGCCAUCAAGCUUAUUAUAAGUUGUUAACAGCUUGUUUCAAGCUUGUUCCAACAACUGGGAAUAAGCAGUGCGAACACAACUUGUUGACAGCUUGUGAACAGAUUUGUAACAACUUGUUUGCAGACUUGUAACAACUUGUGCGUUUUUAUAUGUGUAUACCACAUAUACAUACCAACAUUUCACGUUUUCUUUCAGAGAUUUAAAUAAGCUCGCCGAUGGCAUAGGCUCAAAAUUUGGUCGACUUAUCUUUAGCUUUUCUGCAUUCUUUGCGGGAUAUAUUUUGGGAUUUUGCUAUUUAUGGAAACUGGCGUUGGUUAUGAUGGCAGUGUUACCUAUUGUAGCACUAAGUGGCGGAGUAUUAGCAAAGGUAAUGUGCGAACUAGACAAAACGGAGUAUACUUUAUGUUGAACUGUCUUUGCCAGUGCAGGUAUUCCAAUAAAAUGAACAAGCUUUUCGUUGGUAAGAAUGCAACUGCUUGAAAAUAUAUAAUGAGAAUUUGACAUUUCGAGCGAAGGCCUUUCGUCUGGAGUUUUCCUUAUCGUCGAAAUUUUCCUUCUAUAUUUUCAGGUAGUUGCAUCCAUAUCAACGAAAGCUUGUUCAUAUUUUUUAUCUUAUUUUAACAAAAUUCAACAAAAAAAAUGUAGCCAUCAGACACAAAAAAGGAUUCACCAGCUCAUUGUAGAAUACUAUCUACAAUGGAACACUACCUUUACAAACAAACAAACAAACAAACAAACAAACAAACAAACAAACAAACAAACAAACAAACAAACAAACAAACAAACAAACAAACAAAACAAACAAACAAACAAACAAACAAACAAACAAACAAACAAACAAACAAACAAACAAACAAACAAACAAAACAAACAAACAAACAAACAAACAAACAAACAAACAAACAAACAAACAAACAAACAAACAAACAAACAAACAAACAAACAAACAAACAAACAAACAAAUGGAACCUACAAGACAACACGACAACAAAGUAUUCAACUCCGUUGUAGAUUAUCGGUGGUUUUGCUGCAAAAGAACUUGCUGCCUACUCGAAAGCCGGGAGUGUAGCUGAACAAAGUAUUUCUUCGAUCAGAACUGUCGCUGCAUUUGGUGGAGAGGCAGAACAAACUAAAAAGUAACGUAUAAUUUAUGUUGUGUUGAAAGUAUGUCAGAUAAGUUUGAUUGAAAAUUCAGGUAACAAUCGUAUGUGAUAUCGGGGAAUAACUAGCAUUCAAUAUUAUAUUCAGGUUAAUAGUGGUAUAAGUGUAGCAUCAGAGCCGUUACUAAGAUAAUUGUUUGACAACAUUUUUUUUUUUGACAAAAUUUUGACAGUCAGGGGUGAAAGCAGUGCACGACCAGCAGUACUUAAAGACUGUACAGUAUAUAUAAUUUCGUUUCGUUUUAGGUACGACAUUCAUUUGACUAAGUCUUGUAAAUUUGGAAUAAACAAAGGAUUUGGAAUCGGUAUUGGAAUGGGAAUAUUUCAAGUAACUACUCUUGGAAACUACGCUUUCUCUUUGUGGUAGGAUAUUUUUAGUCACCGUGGACCUGAAUAUUUUAAAGCAAAUUAUCCAAGUCAAUGUUAGAAAUGCGACUAGUCUCUUUUUCUUUCAUCCACUAUGGUCCAAAUUGCAUGCAAAUUAUAGUAUAUGCCCUAAUUUAUACCGUAGUAAUCCAACUAUAAAUAUUCGUCAUUUUUACUAAAUAUUCCUUCGACUGGUGAAAAAUAUUUCUUGUAUUUUUAGGUAUGGUGUAAGGUUGAUCAGAGAUGGUGAUGCAGAACCAGGCGAUGUUGCUAGUGUAUGUAAUGUUAUGUAUGCUUGGUUAUUUUCCUUCUAUUUUCUGUCUGCUCCGUUGGACUAAUCAGACAUAAUCCUUGCUGGACUUUUAAGAAGAACUGUUUUGAAAUGACAGAGAUAUCCGGUAUAAAUAAAAUUAGAAUUUGAUGUACAGUGGCGGUAAAAGAUCAAGGAUCUCUCUUUCUUUCCAGGUGUUUUACAUGGUAAUGUUGGGUUCAGUAAUGGUAGGACAAGGAGCUCCCUGCAUGGAAGCCUUGGCGGCUGCCCGAGGCGUCGGCUAUACCAUCUUCAAUAUCAUCGAGAGAGUAAGAAUCUUUUUAUUUUGUUAUAGCUUUGACUCGGGUGUAACUGAAUUUAAUUCGCAUUUGACCACCAAGUUUGAGAUAUCUUUUCCAGGUAGUGCAGAUACAAGCCAUGCCAGUUUAUUGUAAGAUUACCUGCACUGGUAGUUUACACACCGAACCACUGCAUCAUAUUGUAGAAUACACUUCUCUACCUUAGACCCUCCCAAGGGAAUAUAUAGGCCCGUUUACACUUGCAAUUUCUCCUGCGAUUUUAGGUGCGAUUUUCUUCUUCUGAUGCAUGUGAACGAGUGAGAUGGCUUGUGAAUGCUCUGAUUAUAUGUACGCUCAUCUGAACAUUCAUAACUCAUCCACUCGUUCACAUCCAUCAGAAGAAGAAAAUCGCACCUUAAUUAAAUCGCAGCAAAAAUUGCAAGUGUGAACGAACCUUAUCAAUACUUAUAAUUGACCAUGCCCUAAAGAUACCAUUGUUUUAAUAUUUAGAACUCUGCAAUCGACCCAUCAUCUGCUGCGGGCAUGAAACCAGAUGUCAUAGGUGAUGUGGAGUUUCGAGAUAUUGAUUUCGUCUAUCCUUCAAGACCUACUGUGCAGGUAAUGCAGAUAUUAUGAUUUUUCAAAAUCUGGUUUACGGCAAGUAUGGGGUUGGGUCUGAAAUAUGUAUAUAAUUUUCGCAAUUUCCAUCUACAAAAAGCUUUCAACAUCAUAUUUCCUGACGACGGCUCUGAUGUACUAAUAUAUAAUCUUCUUUACCAGAUUUUAAAAGAUUUCAGUCUGAAAGUUCCACAUGGUAAACGUAUUGCUCUUGUCGGAGAAAGUGGCUGUGGGAAAAGUACUGUCGUUAAACUUAUCUCCAGAUUUUAUGAUCCUCAAAAAGGCUCGGUAAGUCUGCUCAGCUUAUAUAUGUUGAAGUUUUUAGCCUGACCUAUCCGUCUACGUGUAAAGCCGUAUUGAUCAUGUGUUGUAUAAUUUUGUGAUGUAGCUUUGUUAAAGUUUAUAACCCGGUCUCUAUUGUUUUACAAUGUCAAUGUAAUGUGUAGGUAGGACUUAAUUUGGGACUCCUCAGUCCUGUUGUCUACACCUUCAAUCGUUUUGUUGAUUGUGAGGUUUAUAAGGAAAUAAAUUUGUAGCGCAAACUACGAAUGUAUGUGUAUGGUGCAGCUACCUGAAAAUGUAAAAAUAAAUUCGACGUUUCGUACAAAGGCCUGCACCCUAUGCACCCUGUGACUCCGAAACAGCGUCUGUUUUCCCUGCUAUUCUGAUUUCUCCAGCAGUAACACCAGGUCAAUAUUAAAGUGAGACUCGUUUGCAUGUGACCCUGUAAAAAGAACAGUUUAGAACUGGUGGAACAAUCCAUGAUAAAUAAAAUGAGUUUAGUUCAUGUUUCCUCCUAUAAUGAGACCGUAUAUCAAGAACUGAACCUCCAGUAAAAAACCCGUUCAGAACUGAUAUAGGGCUAUUUGGUAUUAGAAUAGGGUUAGUUUAAUUUUAGUAUACUUGUCGCUUUUCUUUCAGGUUUUACUUGACGGCAAGAACAUAAAAGAUAUAAAUGUCAGUCACCUUCGAAGUCAUAUUGGUGUAGUGAAUCAAGAACCAAUUUUAUUUUCAACAACAAUUGCUGAAAACAUCGCAUACGGUCGAGAAGGAGUCACGCAACAAGAAAUUGAGAAAGCCGCCAGGGCUGCAAAUGCUCACAGUUUUAUCUCACAGUUUCCAAAGGUAACAGAACUUGAUAGUUUUGGACUGCUGCAAUUGCUUGGUUUCAGUUAGGAAAUUGCAUUUUCAAGUCUUGUUUUUCCAUGCACUAGGGUUAUGAAACGCAAUGUGGUGAACGUGGUACACAAAUGAGCGGUGGUCAGAAACAAAGGAUUGCCAUAGCGCGAGCUUUAGUAAGGAAUCCCAAGAUAUUAUUGUUAGACGAAGCCACGUCUGCCUUGGACUUCGAGAGCGAAGCUAUCGUACAAGAGGCUCUGGAUAGAGUAAGUGGUAUUUCAAGUGAUAAACCUUGUAAGGAAAAGCCUUCAAGUACUACUACAUAUGACGACACGAACUAACAUCAUUUUCUCACUCAGAUUACUGCAGGUCGCAGGGUUCGUAGCGGUCUUUGAAAUACUUGAAAGUCUUUAAAUUUGAAUGCAGGUCUUUAAGGUCUUUGAAAAGUCUUUAAAUUGUGUGAAAAAGCGAAGAAAGCCUUUAAAUUAUUUAGUGAUUAUUUGAUUAUAAGUAUUAUACGAUUUCCUAGCUAAUAAAAGAGAUUGAUUGAAGCAAGAUUUUCGCAAAUAUCGACGAAAAAGUGCAUUUUAGGAUGUGAUUUGACGGGUUUACUUGGUAAAAAUGGUGCUAAUACAUCGCAAUUUUUCGACACCUGAUUGCUCUCAAAGGUCUUUGAAAUGUCUUUGAAAAUAGGCAGAAAAAAACUUUGAAAGUCUUGGAAUUUUUUCGGUCUUGGAGACUACGAACCCUGAGGUCGGCUAGACGUUGUGCCACUAACUUUGUGAUUGUAUGUUUUACAAUAUGCGUUUAGGCAGGCGAAGGUCGUACAACAAUUGUGAUAGCACAUCGUUUAUCAACAAUCAGAAAUGCUGACAUUAUAGUAGUUGUGAAGGAAGGUCACAUGGCGGAAACUGGAACUCAUGAAGAGUUGAUGGCGAUACCGAAUGGAAUUUACAAAACUCUCGUCAGAUUUCAGGUGUGACAAGAAAACUCAGUGUAUUGCAGACAAGUCUGAGGAGAAUGUAGUGCUUUGAGCUAAACCGUACUGCAUAGCUGUACCAGUUUGAAACUGUUCUCUAAGGAUCAUCCUUAUUCAUCUAUUGUGAUACAGGAGGAAAACUAACUGAACUAACUUUACUUAUACUAGAUAACUGUAUAAGUUCUAAACUGCUUUCCCUGGAGGUUGUAUAAGAGCCAUCCCUUAUUAUUGGUUCAAUGUUACUGCAGGAGAAAUCCGGGGCACUUAUGGUAAACCUACUAUGUCUGGUAGGAAACAUUCUUCUCACAUGUGAAAUUAUAAUCUGCUUGUGAACAGAAAGCUGUAGAUGACAGAUCUUAUAAUGAAAGUGAUGAUGUAGAAGAUGAUGUAGAAGAAGCCAAUGAACCUUUUCAACUUGAGGAAGGUAAUGUGUUCAAGGUUUUUCUUUGAUAUUUGGUUGAAUGGCAGAAAGAAUUCAUUCAGCUGCGAAGGAUAAUAAAUUGUCCACUGAGACUCCUGUUACAGAAUAAUAAUUGUAAUUACACCACUUUUUGAAUCGCUAUUUUAGUGGAUGGUGUGUUUGAACUUGGAUCAUUCACAUGCAGCAGCAGUGUUGAUGGGCACACCAAGACAAUUGUGGUAAGAAGGUUUGGGGAGAAGAGAGAGGAUGAAAAGAAGCAAGGAUCGGCAGAGGAGAAGAAAGUGAAAAAGAAUGGAAGGAAGGAGGGGAGGGAGGGAAGAAAGGAAGGAAUGGAGGAAGUAAAGAGGAAGGGAAGGGAAGGGAGGGGGGAAGAAAGGGAGGGGGCAAGGAAGGGGGAGGAAAGCAAAAGAAGAGGGAGUAAAGGAUGGGUAAGAGAGGAAGGAAACGAGAAUGGAAGGAGGGGAAAAACACAAGACAAACGGGAGGUAGAGAAAAGCAGGAAGGGAAGGAAGAAGACAGGGGCGAAAGAGGGAGGGAGAAGUGAGGAGGGAAGAGAGGAAGGGAGGGGAACAUGGACAAACUGACGAAUGAGGAUAAAUUGUGCGAGAAAUGUAUGAGAAAAAGAAUAUGGUUCAGAAGGACAUAAUUAAUUACAUCUAUUUUCAGACAGAGGAAGGUGAGGCUGUAAAACCGAUGUCGUUUUUCAAAAUCUUGAAAUAUAAUGCGCCCGAAUUCUGGUACAUUGUGAUUGGCUGUUUCGGUAGUGCAUUGUUUGGAUCGAAUCCUUGUGUCUAUGGCAUUGCCAUAGGAGGCGUGUUUGAGGUUCGUUCAUUUGACGUUUGUUACUUCUGUAUUUUCUUCGCUUUGGAUGGCCAUUGUAGGUAGAAUUCCACAAUAAGCUGCUGUAGUUCGUUUCUGAACUAUCUGAAAAAGAUAUUUCAAACGCGCAAUACCAGUGUAGGGAGUAUUCUACAAUAGCUACCGUUGUUUGGGUUUGAACUACCUGAAAAUGAUAUCUUUAACUUGGAAGUAUUCUACAAUAAAAAGCUGCAGUGGUGUGGGUUUGAAUCACUGUAAAACACUUCGAAGUUUGGACCAUUUGUGUUGAAAGCCUCUUAUGCUGCUUUUCAUUACAGGCAUUUACCUAUGAUCCUAAAAUUCCAUCUGAACGAGAAGAAAUGGAGGACGUUUCAGUGAAAUGGUCCAUGGUUUUCUUCGCAUUGGGAAUAGGUAGUGGUGUCGGAAUAUUUCUCCAAGUGAGUUUUAUUGUAGAAGUUCUGUGGAUAGUAAUCUGUAUAGUAUAUGUUUCGGUUUGUGGGAAACACCAUAUGUACUUAUCAUUGCAAAGCUUUCGAACUAUUUUAUAGUUCAGGACUCUUGCCAGUGCUAUUUUAGUUCGUCUUGUCAAUUGAGGAUGAGAGUGAUGAUUGUAGUUCGCAUUUGAACGCCAAUUGUCAUAGGCUUUCAUUAACUUUGGUUUGGUUCAAACUCUUAUCAACUCUUGUUCUCAUUAAUCAGGGCUUGAGAGUAGAGAAAGCUCUUAUGCAAACUCUCGCUUGCCAACUCUCAUCAACUCUCCCGUAUCUAGAAUAAUUCUAUACAAAUUAUGCAAUAUUUGUACUUUUUGAAUCCUUUACCGGCUGAUAGUUUCAGCAAAUAUAAAACUAAUGUUAUUCCGAAACUUAAAAUAGAUGUGUUGUUAAAUUUGUACUUUUUGAGUCGACUAGAUUUGUAUAUUCCUGUAGAACUGGAUGUUUGCCAAAUCAGGAGAGGCUCUCACACAACGGUUACGAAAAUGGUCAUUCGUGGCUGUUCUCAGACAGGUACUGUUGUGUCAACAAAUACCAUGGCAUUUUUAGUGUAACGGUUGGGCUGGUCGUGAAAAUGUGAACCCCCUGAAACUGUAGACACACAUCUCCUUAAAAACUGCUCAUGUGAUAAAGCUGAUCUAUCUGUGACUAAUAUUUAGUCAAAAUUUUAAGAAGAUUUCCUCACAAGAUAUUUUUUUGCUUCAGGAAAUUUCCUACUUUGACAAACCGAAGAACAGCACAGGAGCUCUGUGUAGCAGGCUGUCCACAGAAGUGUCCGCAGUUCAAGGGGUAGGUAGAGAUGUUAGUCUUCUUAAUUGUUUACACAGAGCCGUGGUUGCUAUUAUUACACUACUAUUAUAACCUCUAUUAUAAAGCAGACAACUCCGUUAAACAGACACAUUGUGAGGUCCCAAAGGUAUCCGUUUAAUAGGGAGUUAAACUGUUGCUAAAAUAUUGUAUACGAACAUAUGUCCUUGUGCUUUCCUAGGCAACCGGUUCUCAGUUGGGCUUCAUUUCAUCCAGUCUUGUAUCCGUUAUUGGAGGUCUGCUUGUUUGCUUCGUCACCAGUUGGAAACUAAGUUUAGUGAUGACGUCAUUUGCACCUCUUAUGCUAUUGUCUGGGGUGUUUUUCAUGACUGCUCUGGGCGCUAGUACCCGAGGAAAUCUGGAAGAAGACGCGGGCAAGGUAAUCCGGGAGUCUCGGAGCGAAGUUGAUCUUGGAGUCGUAAUAAGAAUAAUUUUAUCUAUGCUGGAUACAAUAAAUUAAAUCAACUUUAUUUCUACUGGAUAGCUCUAUCAGUUUUAAAAUGAGGUCCAGUAAGGGCCAUCCCAAAGCCUGAGGUGUAGAGUCAAACUGUGACCAGUUAUCCCACAUGUGAGUGAGGUGAAAUUAUAAUCAGACAAGCGUAUAUUACAAGAAUCCCGCACGUCGAGAUGAAGGGUGCAUGUAGCAACCGCUGUGUCAUCAAUAGUGGAAUGUUCGCUGUGACUUUGUACACUAGCAAAACAAUGUUCUUUGUUUCCCUUACAGGUCGCAGAAGAGACAUUAUCCAAUAUUCAAACAGUCGCAUCUUUAGGUCGAGAGGAGGAAUUCUUUGAACGAUAUCGUACAGCAAUGGCCGAGCCUUACAGGUGAGAAUUAACCGUCAUCGUAAACCUGGAGGUCCAAUAGCUUAUCGUUUCGUAUUAAUUUGCAAACCUUUCAGGAGAUAAAUAAUCUACUAACGCAUGUGUAGGUCCAUUGCCUGUCCAAUUCACUGACCCGCAUAUCAAUUAUAAAUGCUUUGUUAUUCAAUGCUUACUGUACAUUAUCAUAGCAGUGAUAACUAAGCAUGUUCGUUACCUGAAAAUAUGAACAGGGUGGCAACGGACAUAAUAUACACGCUCCCUAGGGAUAUAGUUAGUGACCACAAAUAAGCCAAUGACAUUUAGUUUAAGCACCAGCUAUAUAUAUCAAACAUGUGUUAUGAAAUUGUUGGUUUAUUAUGUUUAUUAUGUUUAUUAUGUGUUAUGAAAUUAUGUAACUUUUAUUUUAUUUCCAAAUAGAAAAGCAAAGAAAAUUUGCCAUUUUGCUGGUCUGGCAACUGGGUCCACUUUCUGUAUUGUAAAUCUAACUUUUGCUGCUUCGUUUCGUUAUGGCGCCACGCUGGUGGUAGACUAUGACAUCACGCUGAAAGACAUGAUGACGUAAGCAUUUGUGUUUCAAAUAAGUCGGGAGGGAGAAAGGCAGGAUGGGGGAGAGAGGAGGGAGGAAGGAAGGGAGGGAAGAAGGAAGGAAUAAGGGUGCUGUUAAUUCUGCGGGUAUUGUUAAUUCUGCCGGUAAAGCUUUUUCUAACAUUCAAAUUUUAUGAUAUAGUACGGUGUUCACGUAUCUCUCAGUCGGCUUGAUUGCUGGUCAAACCAGUUCCAUGACGCCUGAUUAUUCCAAAGCAAAAAUCGCCGCACAGAAAGUAUUUACAUUUAUUGAUUCUGUUCCGUCCAUUGACAACCAAUCAGAAGAGGGUUUGAAACCUGUAAGUAUGAUAUUAGUCUAAAGACGAGAGAUCCAUAAGAUGUAUUGUUUAUGAGAUAUUUCGAUUCUUGCAGGAGAAAUGUAAAGGCGAAAUCAAGUUAAAUGAAGUCGGUUUCAGAUAUCCAACUCGACGUAAAAUCAAAGUAUUACGUAAUCUGAAUGUCACCGUGAAGCCAGGUCAGACUGUAGCAUUGGUUGGUACAAGUGGUUGUGGCAAGAGUACUACCAUCUCAUUGGUCGAACGGUUUUAUGACGUAAGCUCCGGAAGUGUGGUAAGAUUAAUUGUUUUGAUGCAAGGAUCACGAAUUUAAUUAGGUUGUCAUUUGCUGUAUAAGUCUUGACAGUUUUCAAGGUGACCGCCAACUGCUGUCUUUUAACGCUUAUUGAAACCCACAAAGUGUUUGUAAGUUAUAGUGCUUCAACUACUUUUAGACAAUGGAUGCUCAUAAUGUAAAAGAUCUGAACAUCAAAUGGUUACGUCAUCAAAUUGGUAUAGUAUCUCAGGAACCAGUGUUAUUUGACAUGACCAUCAGAGAAAAUAUUGCUUAUGGUGAUACUACAAGAGAAGUCAGUGAUAAAGAAAUUGAACAGGCUGCCAGGUCAGCCAAUAUCCAUCAGUUUAUUGCGAGCUUGCCAAAGGUGAGAGUUUUUUUUAUGGUAAGAGAGAUUAAAGAGGAAGAAGGAAGGGAGUGAAGGGGGAGGUGGGGAAAUAAGGAGGGAAGAGAAAAACAGGAGGUAAGAAAGAAAAGCAGGGAGGGAGGGGAGGAGGAAGGGAUGAGGUAAUAAAUGGACGAAUGGAGAUAAGGGAGGAGAGGAAGGAAUGAAUAAAGGUGGAGGGGCGGGGACAAUGGGAAGUGAGAUGGUGGAAAGGAUAAAAUGGGAUAAAUAUGGGAUGAAAGGAGGGAAAAUGGAAGGAAGGAAAGAAAGGAGAGAAAGAAUGGACAUUCAUUAUAAACUAAUGUAGAUCUGGUGAAUCAUUCCAGGGUUACGACACGAUGGUGGGUGACAAGGGUACUCUUAUAUCAGGAGGACAAAAACAAAGAAUAGCCAUUGCACGAGCAUUGGUUCGUGAUCCUAAAAUACUUUUACUGGAUGAAGCAACUUCAGCCUUGGAUACGGAGAGUGAAAAGGUGAAAUGCUACUUGUUGAAACAUUUAUUCAAGGCAUUUCUUCUGGAUUGUCUACACACUGAGUGAGACAGUGCAGUGCAUGAUGAUUAAAGAUGGUUAUUGGAGGAACUAAAAUUGUUCUCUUUGUGUAUGGUGGCAACAAUAAAACGCUCACUCCAAUAAGUGUCAAUACAUUUGAAUUUAGCGCCAUAUGUGACACCAUAUCGCUAACUAAAACCCACCCAUAAUGUCUUUUUACAGGUAGUGCAACAAGCCCUGGACAACGCAAGUGUAGGUCGAACAACAUUGGUAAUAGCACAUCGUCUGUCAACCAUUCAACAUGCGGACUGUAUUGUUGUAAUCAGACGAGGUCGGGCUGUAGAACGUGGAACUCAUGAACAACUUCUGGCUAUGAAAGGAAUUUAUUAUGCUUUACAUAAAGUACAAUCCAUAUCUCAGAAGUAGGUCUUUCAGGAAGACUGCAAGAACAUGAUGGUCGUAUGGUAUGCCACGUAUCAUAUUAAACAUUCAGGAAGGCUUUUAUUUGACAACGUACAGAGGGGCAUGUUUUGCCUAACAAGUUUCCACAGAAAAAUUCUCUUGAACACAGUUUUCUGUGACGAGUUUUCCUUAAGCCUUGCACGUUGUCCUUAAGCCUUGUGAAAUGAUUAUCGAGGGUUUGCUGGAGUACUUCAUGUAAUGUUUGUAGUUAUUUGUACUUCGUUAGGGUUAGAUAAAAAAAUUAUAUAUGGAAAUUUAUAUGGAAAUGUUUAAUUAAAAAGGAAAAAAUGAAAAUACGUAAGCAUUUUAUAUCAUAGAUUGUAUGUCUUCUGCUCACAGACCAUGCUAUAUGUCAAGGUAUCUUCAAUUUCUUAUACACUGGUUGUAAAUUAAAGUCGGGAGUCUUACAUAUUUUCAUCUUCAUCGCGAUUGUAGGGGUUUGGGAGUAUUGUGAGGCAUCUUUCACCAAAUCUAAAUGAGUAAAUGGAUUUUGCUUAUUAUUGGGAAAAGGCAUUUUCAAUCCUGGAAAACAGCACACUCCAUUCCAGAAUUGGAAAAGGGGCAGUUUUUUAUUUUGAAAAAAAGUGUGGCCACCCCCCCUCCCCCCCCAGUUCCACGGCCCUGCCGAUAUUGUUGAAUGUUAAUAUACAGGGUGUCCCCAAAAAAACGCAAAACCAUUGUAAAAUAUUGACAAGGGUGCAUAUAUUAAAUAUUGACUUAUUAAGAAAUUAAAAUAUCUUUGUAAAGCGCACGAUUUUCUGCUCUUGGGAAUUAAAAAACAGCUUCUUAAACGGUUUCUUUAUGCAUAAAAUUUACUUACGUCAUUCUUUGGGUUCAGCAGAGUGCUGAGGCACUAAAAUUCUAACAAUACGUUAUUUCAAUAGUUAUCGGGGGUUUUGGGACACCCUGUGUACAGGGUGUAUAAAAAAAAACGCAACCUCGGAAUUUCCUAAGAAAUCACUUUGUAAUUCUUAAGCAUAAAAGAUUUUAGGCCCCUGGGAAUUGAAAUGGAAUUGCUAAUACAGGGUGUCUCAAAAAAACCCAAAAUCAUUGAAAUAACGUAUUGUUCGAAUUUCAAUGCCGUAACACAAAGGAUUUUGACAGGGUGAUUAAUUUGUUUUAAAAAAUUAAAAUAUCUUUGUAAAGUGAACGUUUGUUUGCUCAUGAGAAUUUAAAAAUGCUUCGUAAAUUCGUGGGUUUAGUACUUUAUGCCUGACAUAACAAGUUUACGCUGAGUAUUACCAUUCAUUAUAGCAGUUAUGUCAAUCUUUUAUGCACUCGUGGGAUUAACUUAGUGCUAGGGCAUUGAAUAUCGAACAAUACGUCAAUUUCAAUGAUUUGGGGUUUUUUUGAUACACCCUGUAGACAGACGGAUAGUACCACCAAUUAGUAUUGAAAAGCAAUGGAAUUUAUCGCAAAUUUGCAAUUAUAAGUGCCAUUGUGCUCGCUGUCUAUUGUCAGGUUUCUGUUGUGUUGAAUUUUAUGCUGGUAGUUAAAUUUUCUUGUCGUUUUUAUCCACGGUUAGUGACAGUUGAACGUCUUCACCAGACUACACCUGCAUGACAAGUACCACUAGCACUGCUACAGUUUGAUCCAAUAUGGACGAGGUAUGUACAACGGCUGUAAAAUUUUAAAUAUUAAGUGCAUGUACAGUGUAACUAUAUAAUUGUGUAAAUACUGUCAUACUGUUGGGCAUCCAGAAUUCGAAUUCCUUUGGUGUGCUUUGCCGUAGAAUUAUUUUAUAUAUACAAUAGAUACCAUACAAAUUUUAUACCGUUUGUGAAACUUAUAUAAGUAUUUAGCUUUGUAAUACGCUAUUUCUUGAAUGUACUGUUUUAACUAUGUUGUAUUUUCCCCACAUGGCAAGGUAUAUGUCAAAUAUCAGUAAGCUGCCUUGGCUAGGCGGAAUGUGUAAUAUAUACUUCAGUCUUUAUUAUGUUUCUCAAACAUGGAAAUGCUACCCACUUGACCCACUUCAUCAACUAUGAUUAAAUGUUUGUCCACAUGUUUUGUAGCCAGAGCUUCUCGUGAUUAUGGGGAUGCAGACUUUCACAUGGUCCGCUUUAUUGGCACGGGACGUUUCUCAGCCUGUUUAACAUUUGAAUGAACGUAUUUUAUUUUCAGUUCACAUUGGUUUGCAUAUCGGUUUAUCAUGGCUUCGGAGAAAACACAGUUACUGCUGCCAUCGGGGAAGCAUGAUACGUCUACUCCUGAGGUCAGAUUUGCACCUGCAGAUGAGUAAGUUCAUGUUUACUCUUUUCAAUUAUAAAUUUGUACUGGACUGACCACUGUGUCACUAGGUCAGACAUGAUCAGUACAAGUUCGUUGUAAGUCACCUUCUAACAACCAUUUUUUUUAAAAUUUCUUGUAGAAAACAUGAGAAAAUUUCCAUGGUGCCAUUUAAACAGUUGGUAUGUUGUUAUCUUGGUUGCAUUUCCAUAACAUCGUACCACUGUCAUCUGUAAUGCUGUACCGUUCAUGUCAGUGUUAUCAUCAUUAUCAUGGAGUGACGUUUCACAUAAUGACGUCAUAAUCUUCGAGUGACGUCAUUGCUACCAUUGUAAAGUGACGGCAUUAUCAACACAAUUAUAAAGUGACGUCAUCAACUCGUCAUAUUGAUAUUACCAUCAUCGUAAUUAUAACGUCAUCACAAUUAACAUGAAAAAGGUCAUGUUUAUAAUGUACCUCAUUGCUAUUGUUACAGAAUGACGUCAUCCUCACUCUCAUAAAAUGUCGUCAUCAAUACAAUCAUGACAUGACGUAUUUACGAUGAACAUAAAGUGACGUCAUCAACGUCAUAAUCGAGUGACGUCAUCAACUUCGCCAGACAUGACGUUAUCCCAUCAUAAAAUGACGUGAAGCCCGUCACGUUAUCUAACUGGCUAACGUCUCAAUCACAUCAUAAAGCCUAUAUUAUAUUAUGCGCACCAACGUAUCUUACAAUCACAUUCCACUUUUGUUUCCUUACAGUUCUGUUUCCGCGACAACGUUGAUGUUAUCCUCAUGAUCUUGGGAACAUUUGGAUCUAUAGCUUAUGGUGUUCUAGCUCCCACACAAUUUAUUCUCAUGAGAUCGGUCACAGAUGAUUUUGUAGAUUUUGUCCAGUGUCUACGAACGAACUGCACAAAUCCAGUUGAUCUCGAGGACAGCAUGACAUCCGUAUGCCUGUGGUACGUUGCGUUUGCCUUUCUGAAUCUCUUGUUUGCCUGGAUGGGACUAGGACUUUGGGGCCUGACUGCUGAGAGACAAGUCCACAAAAUGAGACUAGCAAUGUUCAGAAAUAUCAUCCAUCAGGAGAUUGCUUGGUUUGAUACUCAUCCAAGUGGCGAGCUGGGAACUAGGCUUACAGAGUACGUAUUAUUAUAUGUAGUACAGAGGCCUGUUGGCAAACUAAUCAAAGGCCGUUGAGGCCGACUCACGGAUGAGAUCAAAUGAAAGUAACAGAAAGAAUUAGAGCAUUUUUGCCAUUUGUAGUAUUUGUCGUGCUUCUUCAAUGGUGCGGCUUUCGCCAAAUCAAAGAACGAAAGUCCCGAUUCGCAGGCAAACAGUGCGCGCAAAGCAGGCUGGUCAUUUCCCAUUGUUUAACUGCCCCACACUCAAGUAACCACAAAGACUCACAGAUGUUGCUUCGCAACAUCACAGAGUAGAUACAUAUGUAUCUACUCUGUGGCAACAUUAGCGUGAGUCAAAAACAAGGAAACCCAUUCAUCCAGGGAUGUCCUGCAGUGGUCAAACUGGACGCAUUCUCACAUUCUUCCCUGAUCAAACGAGGAUGAGAAUUGAAAAGAGAUAAUUUUUCAUGACUGCUUUGUCAACUCUAGUGCCCUGCUCAAACGAGAACAAGAAUUGUAUGAGAGUUGGUGAGAGUGAACUAGAUAUUACCUGUCAAACGAGCAAAAACUCAUCAAAUGGGGUGAGAGUGGACCUAUUCCCCAAUGAACAAAAUUUUGAUCUAGACAAGUCCAGACAAAAAUUUUAUCACGGCUUGAAAGAGCAUCACAAAAUUAGUAAUAUUCCGAAAUUUCGUUGCGAAAUGUUGUAGAAUGCGGAUAAUAUAGCCCUGCGAAGUUGCCGUUUUUCAGUCGCAUUUUGUAUUACGCACGGGAAAUUGAUACCUUUUUUCAGAAAGUGGUAUCAUUAUCAAUUUCCCUUGCGUAAUAUAAAAUGACUGAAAAACGGCAAAUUUCGCAGUGCUAUAUUAAGCAUGCAAAUAUUAUAGGCUGGAAUGGAACCUCGCUCACAGAGGCGAAACACGCACCAAGCAUGUGCAAGCAACAUCUUAAAUUUUCCUUCAGGGAUUUAAAUAAACUCGCCGAUGGCAUUGGCUCAAAAUUUGGUCGACUUAUCUGUAGCUUUUCUGCAUUCAUUGCGGGGUAUAUACUGGGAUUUUGCUAUUUGUGGAAAAUGACGUUGGUUAUGCUGGCAGUGUUACCUGUUAUUGCACUAAGUGCUGGAUUACUUGGAAAGGUAAUGUGCAAACAAAACACAACGCGGUAUUUUUUAAUCUGAUUUUUACCAAAAUUCAACAAAAAGAUGUAGCCAUCAGACCAGGGUGUCCACGGGCCUUGAAAAUCCUGGAAAGUCCUUGAAUUGGAAAACAAAUUCCAGGUUAACCUCCAGCUGUGCCAAUAUUAGUGAUUUUGAUUAAAAUUACUGAAUAAAGUGAAUUAUUUUCAAAGAUUUUUCCCAGUUCUAGGUCCUUGAAUUUACUGAAAAAGGGCCUUGAAAGUCCUGGAAAAGUCCUCGAAUUUCACCUUCACCAAAGGGUGGACACCCUAUCAGACACAAACAACGGCAGCUUAUUGUAGAAUACUACUGCCUGCAGUGAUACACUACCUUUAAAAGCAAACAAACAAACAAACAAACAAGUCGAUAAACCGAGGUAGAUAUAUAGCAUAUCGCGUCCACAAACCUACAGAACAACAAAUUACUCAACUCUGUUGUAGAUUAUCGGUGGUUUUGCUGCAAACGAACUUGCUGCCUACUCGAAAGCCGGAAGUGUAGCUGAACAAAGUUUUUCCUCAAUCAGAACUGUCGCUGCAUUUGGUGGAGAGGCAGAGCAAACUAAAAAGUAACGUAUAAUUUACAUAUUUUUAAAAGUAUUAAGGCAAGGCUGGCUCUGUCAGUUCUUAACUGUUCUCCUGAGGUUGUAGGGUACGCGUAAAAAGUAUGAGCCUGCUGUUUAACAGGAUUGAACAAUGUUGCGCUGUUGUUCGGAUGUAACAAUAUUGUUCAAUAUUGUUGACAACUGUGAACAAUGUGGGCAGCACAACAUUGUCCAAUCCUGUUUACAUCGAUAUUGCAACAACCUGAUCGUUUUUAGCUGUAAGCUGUACACAUCAUGACACUUGCUAGGAAGAUGGCGGCGUAACACUAAGUAUUACCCAAGUGACGAAUUAUCACGCGAGCACACUUGACACUUGCCAGGAAGACGGCAACCGUGGGGCAACUUUUUUACUGAAGUUAGACAUCUGGUCCAUACUUACUGAAAUAUGUGGCCAUGAUUUGCAAUGAUUCGUUAUCAAAAUGCUGACGCCAUGGGCCUAGCCAGUGCGCUUAUGAAAGGCAAUCACCCCCUGACGUCCACAGUAUACAUAAAAUUUAAUUUUGAACAGUCUGUACCAGGCAAGGUAAUGCCAAUAAGUGGUUGGUAGAGAUACAACUACCUGCGGAAAAUUACAAAGAGAAGUUCGACGUUUCUAACCAACUUCCGGACGAAGAACCUUCGCUCGAAGUGUCGAAUUUCUCCUUGUAUUUUCAGAUAGUUACAUCUCUACCAUAAAAUUUAUAGAAUUUAUAAAUUUUCGUUUCGUUUUAGGUACGACAUUCAUUUGACUAAUUCUUGUAAAUUUGGAAUAAACAAAGGACUUGCAGUUGGUUUUGGCUUGGGAAUAUUUCAAGUGAGCUCUCUUGGAAACUACGCUUUAGCGUUGUGGUAGGAUAUUUUUAAGUCGCCACCUAAAUAUUUUGGUGCAAUUUUUCCAAGUCAGUUUAAAAAUGCUCCAAGCCCUUUUACUUUCAUCCACAAAAGUCUACAUGUAUAGUGCGAAUUAAGUACACAUUUUGAGCAGUAUAAGAACCCUUGAACGUCUCAAAUAUAUUUUGCAUUUCUCCUAAAUAUUCUUUCGGCUAGUGAAAACCGUUUUUUCUAUUUUUCGUCAGGUAUGGUAUAAGGUUGGUCAGAGAUGAUGAAGUAGAACCAGGCGAUGUUUCUAGUGUAUGUACUGUUGUAGAUGCAGGAUUAUUUCUCUUUUUUCUAUCUGUUCCGACCGGAGGAAACCGAAAGAUUUUUCCUAUCUCACUCUCUCUCUGUAGGUGUUUUUCAUGGUAAUGGUGGGUUCGGUAAUGCUAGGACAAGGAGCUCCCUGUAUGGAAGCUUUGGCUGGUGCCCGAGGCGUCGCCUCGAUCAUCUUCAACAUUAUUGACAGAGUAAGAAUCUCUUUAUUUUGUGAUAGCUUUCACUCAGGUGUAACUGAAUUUAAUCCCCACAAUCCUUGUAGGUUGAAAGUACCAGAACGGUGAAGCUGUACCGUUACCAUUGUUUUAAUAUUUAGAACUCUGCAAUCGACCCAUCAUCUGCUGCAGGUAUGAAACCAGAUGUCAUAGGUGAUGUGGAAUUUCGAGAUAUUGAUUUCGUCUAUCCUUUAAGACCUACUGUGCAGGUAGUACAGAUGUUAUUUUUCAAAAUUUGGUUUACGUCACAACACAGCAGGUUCAAUUCCUGCCUAUAGUUCCAUUUUUCGCAACCACACAGAAAUAUGUAUUAAAGGAAUACCGAAUGGUUUUCCGUGCAGGAUUGCGUGAUCCAUGCAUGAGGGAUGUCGCGAGACUUUCGCAAAGCGUAAAAAUACUCGAGCCGCUGCAGGCGAGUGUAUUUUUACGCUUUCCGAAAGUCGAGCAACAUCUCAAGUAGUCGAGCAACAUCCCAACUGUAGUUAUUAUAUAAAUAUUCGAAAGUCGAGCAACAUCCCAACUGUAGUUAUUGUAUAAAUAGUUUUUCCAUCUACAAAAACCUUUCAACAUUAUAUUCCCUGGCGACAGCUCGAAAAUACUAAUCCGAUUUUCUGUAUACCAGAUUUUAAAAGAUUUCAGUCUGAAAGUUCCGCAUGGUAAACGUGUCGCUCUUGUCGGAGAAAGUGGCUGUGGGAAAAGUACUGUCGUUAAACUUAUCUCCAGAUUUUAUGAUCCUCAAAAAGGCUCGGUAAGUCUGCUACGUGUAAGGCAUACCGCGGUAUUGGUGUCCAAACUACGAAUUUGUAUGUACGAUGCAGCUAUACAUGAAAAAUGUUAAGAGAAAUUUGACAUUUUGAACGAAGGCCCUAGCCUCGUCUGAAUAUGCCUCCCCCCUCAACUCAAUAACCUGGUUUCAUUGACCCCCCCCCCCCCGCACUAACACUAGACCAAUAGGGGAGGCUGCUUAUGGUGUACCUUUAGAAACUGGUGGAGAAUCCAAGAUAACAAGGUUAGUUUAGUUCAUGUUUCCCUACAGUUUAGUAAGACCGAACCAAUAGCUGUACCUCCAGAAAGAACCACUGUUUAGAGUAGCAUUAGUUUAGUUUAAGUAUACUUUUCGCAUUUAUUUCAGGUUUUACUUGACGGUCAGAACAUAAAACAUCUAAAUGUCAGUCACCUUCGAAGUCAUAUUGGUGUAGUGAGCCAAGAACCAAUUUUAUUUUCAACAACAAUUGCUGAAAACAUCGCAUACGGUCGAGAAGGAGUCACGCAACAAGAAAUUGAGAAAGCCGCCAUGGCUGCAAAUGCUCACAAUUUUAUCUCACAGUUUCCAAAGGUAACAGAACUUGAUAGUUUUGGAGUGCUGCUAUUGGUUGGUUUCAGUUAGGAAAUUGCAUUUUCAAGUCUUGUUUUUCCAUGCACUAGGGUUAUGAAACGUUAUGUGGUGAACGAGGUACACAAAUGAGCGGUGGUCAGAAACAAAGGAUUGCCAUAGCGCGAGCUUUAGUAAGGAAUCCCAAGAUAUUAUUGUUAGAUGAAGCCACGUCUGCCCUGGACUCCGUGAGUGAAGCUGUCGUACAGGAAGCUUUGGAUAGAGUAAGUGGUGUUUCACGUGAUAAACGUUGUAAAAAAUCCUCAUGUGCGAAAGGCAUGUGAAAAAUUGGACCGUCGCGUGAGUUGCAAAUUGAAAGGUUUCGGUAAGUGUUACGAUACGGCAGGAGAUGGCAGUCAACGGCAGAAAUGUUGACACUUGCAAGCCAUGCAAUCCAAAUACAUUUUUUCCCAUUUAUUUGUCGCGAAGGUGUAGGUGAUAUUCGAGUAGGUGAUAUGUUGAAAGUCUAGUUUCUGAUAGUGCUCAUUCAUCGGCUGAGUAAACCUAAUGUGAGUAAACAAUAGUUAAUCAAAAUUUAAAACAUCUUACUGCCUCUAAAUUUACUCAGCAAUGCUUGGUGGAGUCGUAUUGAAAUUAAACCACUCUUUUCACAAGCAGUUCAUGUAAAUAAUUUAAUCAAACAUACUGUACACUCGACAUUGUGCCACUAACUUUGUCAUAUUGUAUGUUUUACAAUAUGCGUUUAGGCAGGUGAAGGUCGUACAACAAUUGUGAUAGCACAUCGUUUAUCAACAAUCAGAAAUGCCGACAUUAUAGUGGUUGUGAAAGAAGGUCACGUGACGGAAACUGGAACUCAUGAAGAGUUGAUGGCGAUACCAAGUGGAAUUUACAAAACUCUUGUCAGAUUUCAGGUGCGACAAGAAAACUACAUUGCAGACAUGCGUACUGCAUAGCUGUACCAUUUCUAAAUUGUUCUCGCUAUGUUAUUUAAGGGCCGCUGGCAGAAUUAAAUAGGAAGCAUUCGUCUCACACAUGAAAUCAUAGUAAGACAACUGCAUAUUCAAGGGAAUUGAACCCCGGUCACAGAGAUAAUAAUAACAACACUUUAUUUAUUGAGGAUAAACAGAUAAAGUUACAACUUUUUUCCAAUCUGGUCCUCCUAAACUCUAUAGACACAACAACAAUAACAUUAAACAUGACUAUUUUCAGUACUUCCUAUAGGAGUAUGAACAAAUGAAAUCAUAGGUACAAUGUAAAGUAUUAACCAGUACUACAAUUCAGUUGUUCAUACCUCGAGAAAGCCCCAAUUUACUAAUUAGGCAAUUUUCUAACUAUGUCUAAAUUAUAUUUACAGUACAGUAUAACAAGUCGAAAUACGCGUUGACAUACAACUCACAAGUGUCUAAAGUGACAUUAUAAACAUGACAGUAUUUGACACUUUCUCCAUGUACGAACAACCGAAAGUAGAUCAUGCUCAGCUAAAACUGCAGGCAUGAAUUUCGGCAGUUCAUCAAGAAAGCAACCAACUUAUAGUCUUAAUAAAAGAGAAAACAUGCAAACAAGCAAACACUAAAUGUUCUUAACAGAGAAUACACUGUCACUGAUACUUAUUGGACUAUAUACUUAUAUUAAACAAUAUAUAAGAGAUGAAGCUAUAUCCACCAACCACUGAACUGACAAGAGAGAAAUGAGUGCAAGGACACAAUUUCUUAUUUUAUGGUACAAUUUUUGCUUGUGAACAGAAAGCUGUAGAUGACAGAUCUUAUAAUGAAAGCGAUGAUGUAGAAGAUGAUGUAGAAGAAGCCAAUCAACCUUUUCAACUUGAGAAAGGUAACGUAUUCAAGGUUUUUCUUUGAUAUUUGAGGGUCGACUGGCAGAAAGAAUUCAUAGACUCCUGUUGUAGAAUAAUUGUAAUAUCACUUUUGUUUCGCAUUUUUAGUGGAUGGUGCGUUUAAACUUGGAUCAUUUACAUGCAGCAGCAGUGUUGUUGGGCACACCAAGACAAUUGUGGUAAGAAGGUUUGGGGAGAAGAGAGAGGAGGAAGGGAAGCAAGGAUAGACAGGGGAGAAGAAAGUAAAGAAGUAGGGAAGGGAGGAGGGUGGGAAGGAAAGAAGAGGGAAGGGGGGAGGAGGAAGAAGGGGGAGGAUGGAAGUAAAGACGUAUGGAAGGAAUGAGGGAAGGGAGGAGGGUAGGAAAGAAAGAAGAGGGAAGGAGGGAGGAGGAGGAGAGGGGAGGAUGGAGGUAAAGAAGUAGGGAAGGAAUGAGGGAAGGGAGGAGGGUAGGAAAGAAAGAAGAGGGAAGGAGGAAGAAUGGGGGAGGAUGGAGGUAAAGAAGUAGGGAAGGAAUGAGGGAAGGGAGGUGAUUGGGAAGGAAAGAAGAGAGAAGGUGUGAGGAGGAGGAAGGGGGAGGAUGGAGGUAAAGAGGUAGGGAAGGAGUGAAGGAAGGGAGAAGGGUAGGAAGGAAGGAAGAGGGGAGGAGGGAGGAGAGGGGAAGGAAGUAAGAAGAAGGGAAGGAAGUAGGAAAAAAAGGGAGGACGAAUGCAAAAAGGAGGGAGUGAAGGAAGGGUAAGAGAAGAAGGAGACGAGAGAAAGAGAGAAGGAAGGAAGAAAAAGAGGAAGAGAAGGGAAGGAAUGAAGGAAAUAGGGACAAAACAACGGGAAGAGAAGAAGGAGGAGCCGGAAACUGAGGACAAAUUGUGCGAUCAGAAAAAGAAUAUUUGGUUCAAAAAGAUAAAAUUCAUUACAUUUAUUUUCAGACAGAUGAAAUUGAGGCUGUAAAACCGAUGUCGUUUUUUAAAAUCUUGAAAUAUAACUUGCCCGAAUUCUGGUACAUUGUGAUUGGCUGUAUUGGUAGCGCAUCGUAUGGAGCGUGUCCUUUUGUCUAUGGCAUUGCCAUGGGAGGUAUCUUUGAGGUUCGUUCGUUUUUCGUAUGUUACUUCUGUAUUUUCUUCACUUUGUGUCCAGUGCAGGUAGUACUCUACAAUAAGCUGUCGUGGUUUAUAUCUGAACUGCCUCAGAAAGAUAUCUCAAACUGGGGGUUCAGUGGAGGCAGUAUUCUACCUGUAAAAAAUAUCUCAAACUUGAGGGUAUUCUAGACAUUCAACAAUAAAAAGCUGCUGUGCUGUGGGUUUGAAUCACAUGCAAAACACUUCGAAGUUUGACCGAUUACCUGGAAAUGGAUCAUUUCUUAUCUUAUGCUACUUUUCUUUGCAGACAUUUGCCUAUGAUCCUAAAAUUCCAUCUGAACGAGAAAAUAUGGAGGACGACUCGGUAAAAUGGGCCUCGGUUUUCUUCGUAUUGGGAGUAGGUAGUGGAAUUGGAAUAUUUUUCCAAGUGAGUUUUAUUAUCGAAGUUCUUUGGCGAUAGUAUAACGUACGCAUUGGUUUGUGGGAAACGCCACGUAUACUUAUUUUGGCAAAGCUUUCGAUCCGUAAGCCCGGAUCUUGUAACAAAUUGUAAUUUAUUAUAACAAAACACCUCUUUCAUGAUGGCCAAAACUCUUGCCAGUGCUGUUCUAGCUAGCUUUUGUGGAUAGUUCGUCUUGUUAGUUGAGGAUGAGGGUUGAUGAAGUUCUCGCCAACUCUGAGAAGGUUUGAUGAAGGUUUGGUUUCAAACCUCUGAUGAGGUUUUCUGCCAACUUUCAUCGGCUCUCAUGAACUAUGUUUGGUUCAAUUUUUGAUGAGAGUUUUCUCUACGCGCACGUAAUUUUGAGUGAACUCACAUCAACUCUCAUGCAACUCUUUUUCUCGUUUUACCGGGGCGUGAGAGUUGAGAAAACUCUUCUACAAACUCUCGCUUGCCAACUCUUAUUUGACCAAGGUUUAAGACACUGGGACACGUGGUCCGUAUCUACACACGUAAAAAUCUCUCACAUCUUGUAACAAGUCUGCCAACAAGCCGUCAACAAGAUGUAUUCGCACUGCUUGUCACAAGUUGUCAACAGGUUUGGAACAACUUGUUGACAACUUGUAACAACCGUGUUGAAAUUAUCAGACUUGUUGCAAGGUUGUUCCAACAAGCCCGAUACAGUCAUGAUAUAACAAGUUUGUUACAACCUUGUGUUGACAACCUUGUAACAUCUUUGUUACAUCAUGGCUGUAAAAAACUUGUUAGCACAGUCUUGUAACAAGGCUGAUAAUACCAUCAAGCUUGUUACAAGUUGUUAACAGCUUGUUUCAAACUUGUUACAACAAACUGGGAACAAGCAGUGCGAACACAACUUGUUGACAGCUUGUGAACAGACUUAUAACAACUUGUUUGCAGACUUGUUACAAGCUGUGCGUUUUUACGCGUGUAGUAUAAAUCUAUAGAUAAUUUAUGUGACAGUGUACUUUUUGAGUCAACUAGAUUUGUAUAUUCCUAUAGUACUGGAUGUUCGCCAAAUCAGGCGAGGCUCUCACGCAACGGUUACGGAAAUGGUCAUUCUUGGCUGUUCUCAGACAGGUACUGUUGUAUCAACAAGUACCAUGAAGUACCAUGAUUUUUGAAAUAAUAUUAGGGCUAAUUAUAAAAUGGUGAACCACCUAAAAAGAUGCACACACACAUCCCUUUAAAAACUGCUUUUUAGAUAAGGCUGAUCUAUCUAUGACUAAUAAUUAGUCAAAAUUUUGAGAAAUCGUUGUAGAUACCCUCACAAGAUUUUUUUUGCUUCAGAAAAUUUCCUACUUUGACAAACCGAAGAACAGCACAGGAGCUCUGUGUAGCAGGCUGUCUACAGACGUGUCCGCAGUUCAAGGGGUAGGUAGAGAUGUUAAUUUUCGUAAUUGCUUACGCAGGCCGCAGUUGCUAUUAUUACACUACUACUACAACCCCUGACACAGACACCUCCCUUAAAUAGACAAAUGUGUGAGGUCCCAAAGGUGUCCGUUUAAUAGGAGUUAAACUGUUGUUGAAACGUUGUAUACCAAAAUAUGGCCUUGUGCUUUACUAGGCGACCGGUUCUCAGUUGGGCUUCAUUUCGUCCACUCUUGUAUCCGUUGUUGGAGGUCUGCUUGUCUCUUUUGUCAACAGCUGGAAACUAAGUUUAGUGAUGACGUCAUUUGCGCCUCUUAUGGUAAUGUCUGGUGUGUUUUUCAUGGCCGCUCUGGGCUCUGUUACCCGGGGAAAUCUGGAAGAAGACGCCGCUAAGGUAAUCUGGAGUUGACCUGGGAGUCGUAAUAUUGUUGAAAGGGGGUGCGUUAUAGUGCUGGGAAAUACUCUUUUGAACUAAUUUUAUCUAUACUGGAUAGGUCCAUCAGUUUUAGGGGUUAUCCCUCAUCACCCCAGUGUUACAGCAGGGAAACAUUUACAAUAAAAGAAACUAACUUUGUUUACGCUGGAUAGCUCUAUCAGUUCUAAACUGAAGUUCAGUAAGGGCCAGAUCCAUUAUUAGUCCAGCGUUAUUACAGGACACCGGUGUACUCCGAAAAAAAGCUUGCGGUGUAGAGUCCAACUGGCCUGUUUUCUCGCAUGUGAAUGAAGUGAAAUUAUCAUCAGACACCUGGAUAUUGUAGGAAUUAAACCCCGGACGCCGAGUUGAGGGGUAUAUGCGCCAACAGUGGAAUAUAUUCGUUGCGACCUCGCAAAACAGUGCAAAGCAAAACACUAGCAAAACAAUGUUCUUUGUUUCUGUUACAGGUUGCAGAGGAGACAUUAUCCAACAUUCAAACAGUCGUAUCCUUAGGUCGAGAGGAGGAAUUCUUUGAACGGUAUCGUACAGCAAUGGCCGAACCUUACAGGUGAGAAUCAACUCUAUCCUUUUGUAGCAUGAUAUGAAUUAGAUGGCAACGGACAUAAGGAUGUGUUAUCACAUUGUUGGUUUAUUAGUCCAUUUUUUCUUACAUUAUCAUAACAAUGUCUAACUUUUAUUUUAUCUCCAUAUAGAAAAGCAAAGAAAAAUGUUCAUUUUGCUGGUCUGGCAACUGGGUCCAGUCUGAGGUCCAGACUAGAAAAUAUUGCUGCCCUAACAUUUUAAAAUUCUGGUAAUAUCGCGCACGAAAUAUUUCUCUUUCGUCUUCACCCCAAUCACAACCCGACCACUAUUGUACAUAAAACUGGGAAGGUCUCAGACAUUCCUUGAAUGUUUCCCAAUUUUGAAAAAAAGAUUCUCUAGUUGGCCUUUCGGAAAGGAAACCCUGUUUGCCCUCCUGGGCCUUAUUCUUUGUAAUUACGAAUAUUGAGGUGUGCGAUCAGGAUUGAUAAUUAUAGAAGAGAGAGUGUCUAACCCAAAAUAAUUAUUCUUUAUGUUGACGUUAACGCAAAGUAUUUCGAUUCUUGCAGGAGAAAUGCAAAGGUGAAAUCAAGUUAAAUGAAGUCGGUUUCAGAUACCCAACUCGACGUAAAAUCAAAGUAUUACGUAAUUUGAAUAUCACCGUGAAGCCAGGUCAGACUGUAGCAUUGGUUGGUACAAGUGGUUGUGGCAAGAGUACUACCAUCUCAUUGGUCGAACGGUUCUAUGACGUAAGCUCCGGAAGUGUGGUAAGAUGAAUUGUUUUGAUGCAAGGAUCAAGAAUUUAAUUAGGUUGUCAUGCAGCUGAUGGUCGUCAACCUAUAGCUGCUAUCCAAGUUUAAAAAUAAUGAUAAAUCUUUAUCGAAAAAAUGAUAAAACUGUACCGGUAGUUUAAUUUGCUAUAUAAGUCUUGACUGCUUUCAAGGUGAUCACCAUUUGCUGUCUAACGAUUACUGAAACCCACAAUCUGUUUAUACGUUAUACGCUAUAUUUUUAGACAAUGGAUGCUCAUGAUGUAAAAGAUUUGAACAUCAAAUGGUUACGUCAUCAAAUUGGUAUAGUAUCUCAGGAACCAGUGUUAUUUGACAUGACCAUCAGAGAAAAUAUUGCUUAUGGUGAUACUACAAGAAAAGUCAGUGAUAAGGAAAUUGAACAGGCUGCCAGGUCAGCCAAUAUCCAUCAGUUUAUUGCAAGCUUACCAAAG